CAAACUAUAAUGCGUUUUUUUAAUUCUAAUAUUAGCACUAUUUUCUGCAACUGCAGUCUGAGUCAACAACCCCAAGACAAAACUUAUCAACAAUGAUCAGACGGCGGGCACUAAACGACGGCAAACCCAGCCGUCGAUUCAUAUAAUCCCGAAACCCUAUGCAGUAAAAACAUUAUCAAAGGAGACAAACUCACAGUUGUCGGUGACAAUUGGUACUUCGUCGAUCGAGACACCUGAGGAUACUCACAUGGCCCGGUUAAUGCUCCUGCUCUGAUCGGUAGCGCCGGCGGAGCGAAUUUGUCGAAAAAACUGUACAUAUGCAUGACGAGGUACAACGCCGUUAAAAAAGCAGAUAGUACUGUCUGCAUUCAACGGCAUUAAAAUGAUAUAUAAUAUUCAAAUGAAGUCGCGGAUAUAAAUAAGAGCCAAGGGACAAACUGUUACAUUGAUACACAGGAAAGAAGAUAAGGAAAAAAAAAAUCUUCACGAUAAUUUGUUUUGGAGGGAUUUGUGUGUCAAUGGAGACGAAAAGUAUUUCAACGGGAGCGCAAUUUUCAGAGGAGAGAUCUAUGGUUUUGCACGCAUUUGCUGAUUUGAAACACACAUCGCCGUUGUUUUUUGUCGGCAUAUUGAAGCAGUCUUACAUUUACGGAAAGGGCAAAGCAGUUAUGAAAUUCCAGACUCUUCGGCGACAAGUAAUGGAAGCUUUACCAAGUGCUCCAUCCCCAGGACCAUCUACAUAUGUCAUGCACUGUCUAAAUGUCUUACUCCUUGUUGAUGCACCUUAUGGGGAAGGUCUAAGCCACUUGUUGACAUCAGCUUUGAGCUCUUUGGAUAAACUAAACAGGCCAUUGGCUGAUGCUGCUGAAGCAAGGAAAUUAGCAGCUCAAUUGUUCAAUAGAGUAGUAGUUGGAUCUGUCAAUCUUGAGGAGCGCAUCCUUAUCAAAGUGGCAACUGUUUUUGAUGUUGGGCUGGAUGACUUAGUGGAGGCACUAUAUAGUUCGACAUUGGAGUCUGAGAAACCUGUGAAAGCAAAAAUAAAUGUGGAGGCAUUUAUUUUGAAGUUGAUAAGAUCUCGGAAUUACUCCAGUGCUGUGGCUCUCUUAAAGCAAUUUUCUCUUCAGCAUUCUACUCCCCACGAGUUUCUGGAUACCAUGAUUCAUGAUAACCAGGUUGAAGUUGCAGAACAAUGGGCAUCUUAUAUGGGGAAAGACAUGAUUUGCUCUCUUGUACAGCAUCUUAACAAUAUGAAAAUGUUCAAGAAAGCAUACAACAUUGUUAACAAGUAUAAACUGAAACAAGAAUUCCCAGAUUCCUAUUACCAUUAUAAAAGGAGUAAAUUGAAGAAGCUUGCGAGGAAAGCGUGUUGGGAUAUUGCAGAGAUGACUGCCAAUGAUGACACUCAGCUUAUUCAAUACCUGGUUGCUUUGGCAUUCGAAAUGGGUGAUGAGGAGAAGGCAACUGACAUAUGCCAACGUCAUUCUUUAACUAUACCUUCAUGUCCAGUAAAGGCUAUAGAGAAUCAUUAUCUUCAAUUGUCAGACUUUAUUUCAGAAGAAAAUGUUAUAUGGGUUGACACAGUUGACGAAUUGGUCAGUGCUGCAAAGUAUUUUACCGAGGUCAAGGUAGUUGGAAUAGAUUGUGAGUGGAGACCAAACUAUAUGAAAGGAGCAGGACCAAGUAAGGUUUCUAUUUUACAGAUUGCCACAGCAGAAAAAGUGCUAAUCUUUGACUUGGUAGGACUAUCUCAGACAGUACCUCAUGUGUUGGACACCUGUCUCAAAGAGGUUUUUCAUUCUCCCAAUAUUUUGAAAUUAGGUUAUGCAUUUCACAAUGAUCUGGAUCAGCUUUUUCAGUCAUAUAGAGAGUUGGAGUGUUUCCACUUUUGUGAGGGUAUUUUAGACCUUCAAAAGCUUCAUGGAUCCUCUAAGGGAGGCCUUUCUGGCCUUACAAAGACUGCAUUAGGGGGUCACUUAAACAAAACAAGACGCAUGAGCAAUUGGGAGCAUCGUCCCUUGACUCUGAGUCAGCUGCACUAUGCAGCUCUUGAUGCAGCUGUGCUGAUUGCUAUAUUCAAUAUCUUGUGUGAUGAGCCUUCAUCACAUGGAAGUGCAGGGACCCAGCACAAAUCGCACUGGAAAUCCCAUGUUACAUGCUGCAGAACUUAUAUGAAACACAAGAAGAAUUCUGAAACCCAUCAUCAGAAAGCUGAUUUAGCUGGUGCUUCCAUAGGUGAAGUUGUAGAUGACCAGGUUUCAAAAAUGUCAAUGAAGCAGUGUGAGUUUGUGCCACGCACUGAUUGUAAUUUCAACACUAUGGUUGCAUCUAUAUCAGACCUGCGUAUACCCAUAUGCUGCAACUCAGAUACAGAACAUGCACUUGAGGAGGAUCUAGUCUAUACAAGCUGUGAAUUAUUGGGCCUCGCAAAACCAGGUCUCUUGAAGAGUGAGCUACAGCAUUAUACUCAGAUUGCAGAUAUUCCUGGACCCAUUUAUACUGUAUCAAAAAUAGCUGGACCUGGUAAUACCAUGCUUUUUCAAUGCAUUGUCACUCUUGAAAGCAGAAGGUACUAUGGACGCUCUGCUCCUACAAAAAAAGCAGCAGAGAUUUGGGCAGCUUUGGAUGCAUUAUAUCAUCUUGGAAGGUUGAGAUGUCCAUGAUGUAACGAUUUAUCAAUGGAGUAAAAGUAAGAAAAGAUCCAAUUUUGUGUAUAUUAAUUCAAAUUUUUCACGCAACAUGUGCUCAACGUUGAGAAGCAAGCAAAAGCUUUUUUAUGUUAUGUUCGUAUGAACGGUUAAAAGAGACAAAGAGGGGGCACAAAUACUCCGAAGCCUACUUUGGAGGCUAGUGAUGGUUGCAAUCAAAGUUAUCUUGUGUGUUUAGUUGGAUGGCAUACUGUUGCAGAAUUACCUUGACAUUCCAGCUACUUUUACAGCUACCUUGGAAUGAACAUCUGGUGACGGGAUAAUUGUAUGCCUCAGGUGGCACUUGUAUUGAAGUACAAAUAGGGUAGGGUUAGAGACGCAGUUUCUUUCUGGAAUUUAGUUAGAAACCAGAUCUAUUAGUGUAGUAAGUUUCUGAAAAGCAAAGAUCGCUGAGCAAAAAUUUAACAAGAAGGAAACAAGAACAAAGUAAAUGAACAUUGAAACCUUAUGUCCAUGUGUCUCUCUAACCUCGUCAAUGUAUGGAUACUGAAGGCCUAUUCUGUGAUAAAAGAAAUAACACAAUCAAUAGUUAUUUCAGAUCUUUUAGAUAUUUUGUAAAUAUAUGAUCAUCAGUAACUCCAUACAGCUUUUGUAUGAAAUGCUGUGAUUUCUUCUGUAAAUAUAUAUUUAGAUAAUUUGCAUCUUC